CUCAAAUAAUAAAAAAUAUUUCAUUUUAAAAUCUCCAAAAUAUAAAUCGAAGUUUGUGAAUGUUUGUAACUCUUACGUUUUCCCAAACAAAAUUGGGCAAACCUCAUCUAAAAACGAGAGGAGUACAAGUGUACAUCCACCCCAUUUCAUUUCAUCUUCCGAGCCAGCCACAGAUUCGGCCGGCGCAGGCACCGCGAAAAAUGGCGGCAGCCAUGUUCUCCCCAACUGCCCCUUCCAGUUCCGCCGCGAAGCCGCCGCCAUCCACCGCCUCCUCCGUCAAACCCCACCAGAGCACCAACAUUCCGAGACGACACAUGCUGAAAUUAGGGCUGGGCAUCGCGCCUCUGCUAACCGGAAUUCCUCCUCCGCCGCCCGCGAAAGCCAAGGAAGUAGAAGUCGGCUCUUUCCUCCCGCCGUCGCUCACCGACCCUUCUUUUGUCCUCUACAGAGCUAAACCCGCCGACACUCCCGCCCUUCGUGCCGGAAAUGUGCAGCCAUACAGGUUUAUGCUCCCGCCUACAUGGAAGCAGACUCGGGUGGCAAACAUAUUGUCUGGGAACUAUUGCCAGCCCAAGUGCGCCGAGCCAUGGAUCGAGGUGAGAUUCGAGAACGAGAAGCAGGGGAAGGCACAGGUGGUGGCGUCGCCUUUGGUACGCCUUACAAACAAACCCAAUGCCACAAUUGAGGACAUUGGGACCCCAGAAAAGGUCAUCGCAUCCCUCGGCCCUUUUGUCACCGGGAACACAUUUGACCUUGAUGAACUUGUCCGGGCUUCCGUUGAAAUGCAUGGGGGUCUAACGUAUUACAGAUAUGUUCUUGAGACUCCGUACGCGCUGACCGGGUCCCACAACCUUGCGAAAGCCACGGCAAAGGGAGACACGGUUGUCCUCUUUGUGGUUAGCGCCAGUGAGAAACAGUGGCAAUCUUCACAGAAAACUCUAGAAGCCAUUGUCGAUUCCUUUGAGCUGUAACUUUUUUUUUCCUUGAGUGGGGAGGAGAUUGUUACUGGUUUAAAACCCAUUGGGACUUUUUAUUGUACUUUGUAUUAGCUCAAUUCUAAUUUGCUUUUCAAUUUCGUAACUAUGUAAUAUUGUAAUAUACUUUGUCCUAAUUU